UAUUGUUUAUGAUUUAAAUUUUUUAUAUAUUUAUUUAUUUACUAUAAAAAAACUAACUAUUAUAAAAAAAGAAUAAAAAGCAUGGCUUGUUGAGAAAAUAUAAUUACAACGCAAUAAAUGAUCGACAUAUGAAACUGGAUGCACGGAGAAAAUAAAAGUACGCCAUAUUUGUUUUUAAAAAGAUUUGCUUUAUGCUUAAUUUAUGAGAAGGAAUAAAAAUGUUGGUUAGGAAGCAAUUUGGAAUCUAUAUAUAUAUAUAUUAGUUUAAACUUUAAAAGAUAAAAUGUAACAUUUUAAAUAAAAUUAUAUGAAACAUACAUGCAUUGAUAUUACAAAUGAAGCAGUUUAAUAUACUUUCAAGAUUUUAACUAUAUAUACAUAUACAUAUAAGUGAAAAGAUAGUUUGUGGUUGAUUGUUUGUAUAUAUCAUAUAUACUUUUAUUCAUCAUCUGUUAUAAAAUGGCUAAGAAUGAUACUUUAACGAUCUUUUUUGCAAAUACCGUUCGAGAAAAUGAAAAAAUGUUAAAGGAAUCAUAUUCCAAAAAUCAACUAGACAUUAAAAGCAAAAAAGAUUAUGAAAAUUUAUUUAUUAAACUUAAUUACAUAUGUCAAAUGAAAUCGACCAAAGAAAAAGUACAGUUAAACUCUUGGUGCAAAAAAAAUAUUAUAAGCUAUAUAUAUGGACCCAUCUCAGGAUUUCCAUCUGGUUCAUGGUGGGGUAUUCGUAUGGAUUGUUCUAGGGAUCGUGUUCAUGAUCCUUUUGAUGAGGAUAUUCAAAAUGGGCCAUUUGGAGUUACUUCAAUUUGUACUUCAAGCAUUAAUUUAAAUGAAGAUAUAGAUUUGGGUAAUUCUCUCACUCUUACAGGACAAAAAUAUUUUAUUGGAAAAUUAGAUGAAGAUCCACUUAUUAAAAAUUAUGAAAAUCAAAUACCAGUGAGAUUAAUCAGAAGUUAUAAUUUGCUCAAUGAAUUUGCACCUAAAACAGGUUAUAGAUAUGAUGGUUUAUACAUUGUAACAAAAUUUUGGAUAGGUAUAAAUUCAGAUUCUGUAAAAUAUUAUAAAUUUGCUUUGUUACGUUUAAGUGAUCAAGAACCACCAUUGUGGAUAAAUCCAGUUCCUUUAGCUAUAAGUAAUUGUACUUCUACUUUACAUUCUACAUCUAUAUCUUUACAAAAUUACUUAAAAAAUUCUGCAUCAAAUUUAUACGAAUUUAAAAAAUAUUCGCAUGGUACUGAAUCUACAGUUCAAAAAGAGAAACAUGAAAAUUCAUUUGGAUUUUCACAAUGUCAAAAUAUUGAAAAUAAAAGAGUAAAUGAAAGAAGAAAAAAUAUAACUAAAAGUGCAAUAGUAACUCGUCAUGUAUUUAAAAAAUUAAAUACAGAAUAUACAUCAAAUGUAUCAUGUAUACCUACUAUGUCAAAAAAGUCACUAAGUCAUAUUGAAAACAAAGGAUCUAAAACUCGUAAUACAAAUAUUUCUAUACGUACAGGAUUAUAUAAUUCGUCUCAUAAUAUACGAAAUGAUAAUAAGAAAAAUACUUCGUCACUAUUUCGUAGAACUAAAUCACUCAAUGUUCACAAAACUAAUCAACACAUAGAAAAUUGGAAUUUAUCUAACAAAGAUAAAAAUAAAAAUUUUGAUGGAAAAACUCAAACGAUCACGACAAAUGAAUUUUCUAAACGUAUUAAUUAUAUUUCGUUUAAUUCAGUAAAACCAGAUUCAAUAAAAAUAAAAUUUGCUAAAAGUACUAAUACAAAAAUGAAUAAUGAUACAAAUAAUACAAAUCCAAAUUCUUAUCAUAGAUUUGAAUGCAAUGUUACAUCUAAAGAAAUAAGUAAUAAUUUUAAAGAUUUAUGUAACAGUACUAUAAAUUCAUCCGAUACAACUAAUAUGUUGAAUAUAACAAAUUGUAUGUAUAAAAAUGAAAUUUCAGCAUAUAAGAUGAUGUCAAAAGAAUUACAGGAAUUGAAAUCACUUGAUUCUUUAGAUUCCUUGACACCAGAUAAAAUCCUUUAUUUAAUUAAUAAUAAAAAUCAUCCUUUGUCAAAAUUAUUAAUGGGUAAUAUGAUAGGAAUAACUUCAGAACAAUCUAUAGCAUUACAAGCAGGAAAUACAAUGACAAUCAAAUCAGAAAUCAAAGAUAAAAUAGGAACACAAAAAAGUAACAAAGAAGAAAUAAAAAGUAAAACUAAAUUUGAAAUUACUUCAGAUGAUUUAAGUGAAUCAAGAUAUUACAAAUUUAGAAGAUGUAGAAAACUAUCUAGAAGAAUAAAAAGUAAAUCAGAAAUGAUAAAAUAUAAUAAGUUACAUAGUGAAAAAUUUGAAAAAGAAUCUAUACAAUCUUCAGAUAUUUUACAAUAUUCGAGAAAAAAUAAAAGAAAUAUAGAUAUUUGUAAAGAUUUAAAAAAUAAAAAUAUGGAUUGUCUAUCAGAUUCAAAAAGAUAUAUUAAAAAAAAUGCUGAAAAUUCAAUAAAAACAAUGCAUUUACAAACUGUAAGAACAAUCGAUUCAUCAAUAAAAAAACAUAUAAAUAAAAAACAAAGAAGAGAAAUUACAAAUUUAUUAAUAGAUGCAAAAAUUGGACCUAAAAUACGUGGUCCACGAUACAGAAGAUUACGAUGUAUUAAUAAUGCAUAUACAAAACAAUCAUAUGAUCAUUUUGAUGCUACAAUAUAUAAAUUAAAUAAAUGUAAAGUUAAUACAAAACGAUCUACUAACCAAAGCAGAAAUAAACUUACAAAAAUAACUCGUUGUAAACGUGUUAAAACUAAUCAAACUAGAAAUAUUAAAAGAUCAGAUACUUUAAAUGUAAAGCGCCAAAAAAAUAAAAAUCUUAAUGUUUCUAGAAAAAUAAAUGAUGCAAAAAAAACCAUAAUUAGUAAUAAUAAUAUAAACGAAAAUGAUAUUGAUAAUAUCAAUAAUAAAAAAUCAGAACAUAUAGAAAAAAAUAUUAAAAUUAUAGAAAGUAAAAAUAUAACAACUAUUAAAAAUCGGAAAAGAAAAUUAAUAGAUACAAUUCAUAGAGAUUCGAAAUGUAAUAAAAUUGAUGAAAAAUUGCGAAAUUGUUAUGAAAAAAGAAUUUCAAAAUCCUACAAAACAGAUGCUGUUACUCAAUGCUCUCUUCUUAAAGAACCAUUAACAAAAAAUUUAAAAUCAAAUAAUAUCUUACAAAAUAAUGUUCAUAAUGAACAAUAUACUUUUAUUAAAAUAGAAUAUGGUGAUUUUAAAGAUACAAAAUAUGAAAUGAAUGAAACUAUGAAAUCUGAUACAAGUAAUAAUUAUUCAAUAUCUCGGUCUGAUAAAAAAUUUGUAUCUUGUACAGGUUUAUAUAAUCUACAACAUCCUGUGAAUGCAAAUAUAUCAUUAAAAAGUAAUAUUUUGAAUAUAAGAGGACAAAAUAAAUGUUCACUUGAAAGAGUAUCUGCAUUUGUACCUGUUAAUAUCCCAGAUAAUGAUACAAAAAUUGCUCGCUUAAGAUCAAUUGGAUUUAAACCAAUUAAUUUCAGUAUAGAAGAUAGUAAUGGUCAAAAUAAAAAAGUAUUAAAACAAAAUGUUGCUGAAAAAUACAAUAAAUAUACAAAUGAAGAAAAUGAUGUUGUUGUUUAUAUGGAUGAUAAAUUACAAUAUCAAGAUAUUGAGGAUGAGGAUAAAAAUUCUUUAUCUAUUAGAGAAAAAAUUUCAGAUUCAAAGAUAUAUACUGAACAAUUAAAUAAAAUGAAUUUAGAAGAAGAAUCUUGCAAUUCAUUAUUAGAACAAGAUAUAGAAUCACCUUGGCAUGGAUGGAAAAAAAUUGUAACAAAUAAAGAUACAUAUUGGAUAGGUUGGUAAAAAUAUAUUAUUAUAAUAUAUUAUAAUUAUAAUAAAUUAUAAUAAAUAUUAUACUAUUUUAUAUACACAUAUGUGUACAAAUUUUUUGCCAAAAAAAGGCUGUUAACAAAUGCUAAGUUAUUUUUUCACUAAUAAUUGUAAUAUUUCAAUGCAUUAAUGUAAUUAUUCUAUAUGCUUUUGUAGGUCAAUUAGAUUUGAUCUUAUAUUUGAUUAAUCUAUGUUUAAAUCAACUUAAUUAAUUUCAUGAUCUUUUUUGAUCAAUAGAUCAUUAUAAAAAUGAAAACUAAUAUAAGUAAUAUUAAUUGUUAAGUGUACAAAAUGAUUUAUUCU